AAAAAAAACGAGGAGGCCGCUGCCGCUAUCGACGGCACCGCAUCGCAGCGCGCAUCAUCACGCAAGAGCAGCAAAAGCAAAUCAACGUCACGUCGACGUUCAACAUCACGACGACGCUCAAAUUCGCGCCACGGUGCUUCAUCACCUCCACCCAUGCGUCGCCGACGCUCACAUUCAUCUCGUUCCCCAACACCUCCGCCCGCGCAUCGCCGCAGUCGCUAUGAUUCGCCGGAAUAUGGUCGCUAUCCGCCACGACGUCGAUUCGAUCGACGCCGCUCGCCGGAUCGCGACCGUGAUCGUCGACGCUCGCCACCACGUCGUGGUCGUGGUCGCUAUGGACGCUCCCGAUCGCGUUCACGCUCCAGAUCACGUGGCGGCCGGGGCAUGAGUCCGUCAUCGCGCUGGUCACCAAAAAAGAAGCCGGCAUCGCCGCCAAUGCCAGCGCCACAGCCACAACUAACACAUCCAGCCCAAGCCGCUGGCUAUGGCGUCAUGCCUACGGCGAUGUAUGCUCCGGGACCGUAUGGUGCGCCCGAUGUGUAUGGUCAUCAGUAUGGAAUGGCACCGCCAAAUGCGUUCACGCAGCAAGGACCGCCGCCAGGUUAUGGAAUGCAAGGCCCGCCGCCUACGCAGGCGACCGACUUCAAUACAGGCUAUGGAGCCUGGGGUGUUAAUGAAUAUGGACAGCAAGUAUGGCUACCGCAGACGUUAGCAACCGUGCCUCAAGCAGCGCCAGAUGUCAUGGGACAGCAGCCACCGCCGCAACAACAACAACAACAGCAGCAGCCGCAACAACAACAGCAGCUGCCGCCACAAUCGGGCAUUAUGGAGGAGCAGCAACCAGCAGCACCGGCGCUUGAGAGCGCAGGUUUGCCACCACAAGAUGGAAAAACAGACAUUAAUAUGCAUUGUAAAGACAUUCAGUAUCUAGCUAUAAAAUCACAACAAGAGCUCACACGAACAGCUCUUAAUAUAUAUACUACAUAUUUAUUGUAUUCGUUAAAUUACUUAAACAAAGCGCAACAGUUUUGUCGUUGUUUUUGUGUAUCGUAUUAUUGUUUCCGGCAAAACGCAUCCGCCAACGUUGGUUCUGUGGCCCAGGAAGCGGAGAAUCAAAAGGAGGAGCUGAAGAAGCAACGCACCAAUUACGUGAAGAAGGUAUCGCUGUUGAAGAAGGAAAUGAAAGUGCUGAAGGAGCAACAUGAUGAUUUAACAGCUGGCGAGGCGCCACCAUCGCCAACCACUAAGAAUUUCAUUGAGGAAAACGAUCGUCUGCAGGUACAAAUCAAAAAGAAGUUGGAUACCAUUGAAAAUGUCAUCGACAUGUUGAGCGGCAUCAUUGGUGAUGAGGAGGCCGACGAGGAACACGAGGAGACGCCUAAAAGUGAACCAGGUCCAGCGGGCACAAAAAGCGGAAAUGCGGCUGCAACUUCCACAACGAGUGAAAGCUCUGGCGACAGCUCCGAUUCGAGUUCGUCUUCAAGCAGUUCCUCGGAAUCAUCGUCGGAUGAGGAGGGUGAUGAGGAGAACGGUAAUGGCGAUGGCAGUCCAACAAAUCGUCUCAAGAAUCGAGCGAUAAAGUCGAUGAAAGCUAAACAGCGACAAGCUGAGGCUACAGCCAAGACAACGGUAUCUCAAACCCAAAGUUACAAUUAUGUAUUUUUCGAUUCGGAGAAAUAUUGGUGUGAGAGCUGUGGCGUGUUCCCAAAGACGGCACGCGACUAUCUGAAGCAUCUGCACGCCGAAGAGCAUAUGAAUCGCGAGACCAUGGAGACACCUUGGCAUGUGGGCAUCGAUCACGAUCCCUUCCCCACCAUCGAGAAGGCGCCGACAAUGCGUGUGCCGGUUCGUGGCCUACAAUUUCUGGUGCCCGCCAGCGCCUGGUACUGCAAAUUGUGCAGUGUCUGGAUUGGUGACUUGCACUGCGCCUCAUUGCAUCUCAGGUCCCGCACUCAUGGCAGCAAAUACGAUCAGCUAAACUAUGAAAGCGAAUGGCUAAGCAAACGUGAGCGGGCACAACAGCAACAGCAGAAGGAGGGCGAGGAGGCGAAGCUCAAAAAGGCCAAGAAGGAUGAAGAUAAAACAACCAAGAAGCGCAAAAAGAAGAGUGGUGAUAAAAAGAAAAAGAAGCGCAAGCAUAGCAAGAAGCACAAGCGGAAUGCGAAUAGCACAUCUUCAUCAACGGACAGUUCGUCAUCAGAUGAGGGCGAAGAUGGGCAAUCAUCAAAGAAAGCGGAAGCUGCGCCGGCAGCCAAUGCCGCCUCGAUACGUGUAGCAAUGCGUAAGCAGGAGGCGCCCAUCGUUGGCAAGCCGGAGGUGGUCGCUCAGCAAGUCGAGGCACCGCCGCCGCCCAAUAUUAAGGAUACGCUUGGCUCAAGUGAGCGCGGCAGAUGGACACAAGCGUCGGGCGGCAACGAUGCGAAAGUGGAGGACGAAAAGAAGCGCGACGAAGCGAUGAUGCAGCAAUGGAACACAGUGCAGCCGGUGAUUAGUGAGAGUGAGAAGAAAUUGCUCGAGCAGCUUAAGGGCAAGCUGAAAGGAAAGCCGCGCCCCACGGAGGAGAGAAAGAACGCAUUUUCGGUAGCUGAUGAGAAAGCGAGUAGACGUAACAACUCCAAGCGACGCAGUCCCUCGCCGCGAAGUGGCAGCCGCGGUCGCUCGGAUCGUGAUCGACGCGACAGGGAUCGGGAUCGUGAUCGUGAAAGGGAAAGAGAACGUGAUAGAGAUCGUGAACGCGAUCGCGGCCGUGAUCGUGACCGAGAGCGUGAACGUGACCGUGAUCGUAGGCGCUCGCGUUCCAGAUCACGCAGCCGUACACGCAGGCGCAUCUCGCGUUCGCCAGUGCGUGGAAACAAUCGUCGCAGUCGCUCACGGGAUGCACGCUGGCGUCGCAGUCGCAGCCAUUCGGAGGAGCGCGUGGAACGGCCCGUGGUUAAGCAUUCCGAGUUCCGGCCACGCACGGUGCCCGAACGCAAACCGAGCGAGGUGAAGCGGGACAAAAAGGACGCGACCGCGAAGCCCAAGUCAAGCAAGACAAGCACCACAGCGAGCACAACAGCAGCGGCUGGCGGCAAGAAGUUGCCGUUCAUUGGCAAGAUGCCCGUACUUAAGAAGCAGCCGCCUCCCGCAACGACUGCGUUGACGGCAGCCGGCUAUAAUGAGGCGGGCAUCUAUACCAAUGGCGGCUCUGUGGAUGGCAUGGGCGUGGCACCGCCGCCACCACCUCCACCGCAGAUGGGCAUGGCGCCGUCGUCAGUGCGUCAGAAUGCCCCAACAGCGGCACAAAUUCAAAUGGCCAUGAUGGAGGAUGCCUUUGGCAAUGCGCCACCGUUUCAUCCCGACGCUGGCAUGAUGAUGGACUACGAUGAACUGAUGCCCGAUCCUGUGCAGUUUGCCAACCUCAUGACCCAUUGUCCGCCACCACCGCCACCUGGCGAAAGUACAAAUGCAGACGGUUCGGAUGGUCUCGAUGGUGAUCAGCUGGGCAACGAGGACCAUGGCGAAGAGGAUGUAUUACCGCCGGGCAUUGACGAGGUCGAAACAGAUCUGGAACCGCAGCCAUUGGUGACUGGCGCCCCAUCACAGGGCGGCGAGCUGCCCAAGGAUCUGGCCGAAGCCCUCAACAUUAUAUUCCCAGCGGAUAGACCCGAGGAUGAUGCUGCCGACGAUAGCAGUCAAGUGCCUGUGGUGCCGCAGACAAUCACCACCAUUGUGAACGAUGAACCGGUGCUGGACGAACAAAAUCUGCAUUAUCUGGCCAGGCAGGGCAUACAUAUGGUGACCAUUGAAGAGACCACAUCAAGCUCAAUGCCAGCUUCUGUGCACGAAGAUACCUCCAAGUCAGUGGACUCGCCCAUGCCGAUCAGUGGCGAUGAGGUGUCUCAGGGCGCCUAUUCCCAGCUGGCCAAUGGCAAUUCGGAUAAUUCCGUGUCGCACACAAACAGCGUGAAACAGAUGGCAGCACAGGACAUACCAAUGCCCUGUUCUCCGCCAGCAGAGUUACCUGGCGAUGGUGUCGAGAUCAAAUCAAAGACCAGUGAAGUGCUAUUGGAUGUGGCCGAUAUACCACAACCGCCUGCUUCACCCACAGACAGCGAGAAGCUGCGACGUCAGGCAGAGCUGGACGAGCUGGCCAUGCUGGGCAUUGACACCAAUGACAUGGCCGCACAAUAUGCGUUGUAAGCUGCGAUUUGACAUCAGAAGCUGGGUGGAUGAAGGAUCAUUGCGGCUGCAGUUUGGGUGGCGCGUCCACAAAAUUUCAUUCACUUUUUUUAUUAGUUUUACUUUAUGCCUAUGUAUGAUUGUGUUUAUGUGACGAAAUGUUCUUAAUAAAUGCACAUAUAUGUAUGUAAUAUAUGUAUGAUGAGACCACACAA